UAACGCACGUGGAGGAACUCGUGGAUGUACUAACAUGAUUUUGGCCAACGCCUUCUGCAUCGUCCUCUUUGUAGAUGAGACCCUCCGCUCGCUGGCUGCCCCCCCGUCUCCCCCCGGGCAGGACCCGCAGGGCUGGCGGGUUCCGGUGGACUGCGUGCGUGCCAGUGAGCUGUGUGCAUCCGAGGGCAGCUGCAGCUCCAGGUACCGCACCCUGCGGCAGUGCCUGGCGGGACGAGACCGUAACACCAUGCUGGCCAACAAGGAAUGCCAGGCGGCCCUGGAGGUGCUGCAGGAAAGCCCGCUGUACGACUGCCAUUGCAAGAGGGGCAUGAAAAAGGAGCUUCAGUGCCUUCAGAUCUACUGGAGUAUACACCUCGGGCUGGCCGAAGGAGAAGAGUUUUAUGAAGCUUCCCCCUACGAGCCGAUCACCUCUCGUCUCUCUGAUAUAUUCAGACUCGCUUCAAUUUUCUCAGGAAUGGACCCCGCCACCAAUUCCAAAAGCAACCACUGCCUCGACGCGGCCAAAGCGUGCAACCUGAACGACAACUGCAAGCGCCUGCGCUCGGGAUACAUCUCCACCUGCAGCAGGGAGGUCUCACCUACCGAGCACUGCGUCCGGCGGAAAUGCCACAAAGCCCUGCGCCAGUUCUUCGACCGCGUGCCCAGCGAGUUCACCUACCGCCUCCUCUUCUGCUCCUGCAAGGACCAGGCGUGCGCCGAGCGCCGGCGGCAAACCAUCGUCCCCUCCUGCUCCUACGAGGACAAGGAGAAACCCAACUGCUUGGAUCUGCGCAACGUGUGCCGCGCCGACCACCUCUGCCGGUCCCGACUGGCUGAUUUCCACGCCAAUUGCCAGGCCUCCUUCCAGUCACUGACCAGCUGCCCUGGGGACAACUACCAGGCGUGCCUGGGCUCCUACACAGGGCUCAUUGGUUUUGAUAUGACGCCCAACUACGUGGAUGCCAGCAUCACCAGCAUCACCAUCUCGCCCUGGUGCUCCUGCAAGGGCAGUGGUAACCUGGAGGAGGAGUGUGAGAAAUUCCUGAGGGACUUCACUGAGAACCCCUGUCUCCGAAACGCCAUCCAAGCCUUUGGCAACGGCACUGAUGUCAACCUCUCCCCCAAGAACCCCUCACCUCCCAUCACAGUGCCUCCCAAGAUGGAGAAAAGCCCUGCCGUGCCUGAUGACAUCAAUGACAGCAACACCAUGUAUGACACGAGCAUCAUCACCACCUGCACCUCCAUCCAGGAGCACGGACAGAAGCUAAACAAGUCCAAAGAGCACAGCCUGUGCUACUCAGAGACCCAGCUCACCACGGACACGAUGCCAGACCAGAAGACCUUUGUGGACCAAAAGGCAGCUGGCAGCCGGCACCAGGCAGCCCUGAUCCUUCCAGCUGUGCCCAUCAUGCUGCUGAAGCUGCUGCUAUAGGGAAGAUUGCCGCAUCCUCAGCUCGGGAGCGCUGCGCUCACCUCGGGCUCCAGACUGCAAGCGGAACACCAGCGAUGCCAGAAGGCCAGAAGGACCCUCACAGUGCUGGGAAACUUUGAUGGUUUUCUUUUUUCUUUGUUUUUUCCUUUCUUUUUUUUUGGCCUUUUUGUUCGUUUAAUGGUGCGUUGGGUUUCUACGCUCGAGCGCGAGCCCGGCACAACCCACCCAGGCACCCACAAAAGGGGAACCAACGCGGUCAACGGCACCGGGGAGGGGAAAAAGGCAACGAGCAGAGCUCUGGGACAGGGGCUGUCUGCAGGGUCACCAACCCAGCGUGCUGCAGGGACCCGUUGGGGACGUGGGACGUUUGCGCAUCGCCGCGGCACAGCGGUGCCAUUGGGGCUCCUUUGGGCACAGACUGCGCUCCGCCGCUCCACGUCGUCCCCGGGACCAUUUUCUUUUCCUUUCCCGUGGUUGGUGAGAGUUUUAAAAUCAGAAAAGAAACCAAUAUUGAAACGGUGUGAGGUUGUCCUGAUGUUUUCUAUCUGUCACUCGGAGGGGG